CAAAAUGGUUCCUGUCUGGAUUGCCUUUCUCUCUGCAUUCGCUGCUGCCGUCAGCGCUGCCCCCACUGUCAUUGCCGACAGCAACGAUGCUGCCCUCAACAUUACCGACACCUUGGAUCGCAACCUCCGCAAUGGAGAAAUCGUCGUUUUUGGAACGGGUGGUCGAACUGCCAUCAUCACACAGGACACCUGGAAGCUUCUUUUGAAGGUCGAGGGCGUCGAGGCUGAGACUCCAGAGAUUGAUCAUGACUUCCUUCGGGCUGGUGAUGAGUUCUCGGAGAUAUCAGUGAACCACACAGAUCUGGCUCUUGGAAAACGUGACUGCAACAGCAACUACCAAACCGUUAUUGACCGGACUCAGCGCUUUGUUGACUGGGAUGUCCAGAUGUCCCCUGUUGUUAUCGGUGCUGGCAGUCAGGGUAUUGACAUCACCAUCUCCAAGUCAUACUCUAUUGCGAACAGCGUCCAGGUUUCUGCAGGCAUUGAUCUUGGUCUCAUCACGGACCGGCUCUCGACUAGCUUUGGGAUCAACUACUCGCGUACUUGGACUACAACCCAGGGCUACCUCAUUCGCGGCACUAUCGACAAUGGCUAUACGGGCGUCGUUAUCACUCGUCCCUGGACUAACCGCAAAUACGGCCGCACCUUCCAGGGCUGCGUUGGAAGUCUUCGACAGACUGGAACAUUUAUGGCUGACAGCCACGAAGACGGCUCCUACGAGGGUGUUACCUGGGUCGGUGGUGCAAUCACCGCUUGCAUUAAGAGACAGAGUUCUAUCCCGCUGUCACGGUGCAAUGGCAGUGGUAACUUCAGAUAAUCAGCCUUCAGCGGUCUUUCGAAGGGGUCACCUUUAUUAAGAUAGUUUCGACUCAUGGUUAUCCAGAGCACAUUUGCAACUAUUUUCUCUAUUGUAGUUCGCAUGAUAUAACUUGG